AUGUUCGGGGUGCUCUUCCCCAAUCGCAGUUUCCCUUUGGACGUGUCGCGUUUCAAGCAGGUCGACACCUUCCAUUGGGUGCUCGAGAUGAACAUGUUUGUAGGCGACGCGUAUGACCAGGUGAAGGAGAUCUGCAUCUUUCUGCUCAACGAGGCCGCCCUGCCGCCAGGCCAGGCGCUCGCCGUGUACGUGCAGGCGCCCGGCUCGCCCUUCGAGUACCGCGGCGCCGUCCACCUCGGCUGCCCCUCCGCCGUCCUCCCCCUCCUCUGGCCGGCCGCCGUCGCCCCUACCGGCGCCGUCCUGCCGGCCUUUCCGCCCGGCGGCGUCCCCCCGACGGCGCAGAUCGGCAUUUCGGUGGAGCCGAUGGCAUCGCUGCCGCUGCAGAACGUGGGGUGGCAGCGGCGGGUGGAGGAGAUGGCGCUGAAGGUGGGGCAGAACCUGUUCAACUACAUGCAGUCGUUCAGCACCGUGCAGGGUUCCAUGCUGCUCGUCCCCUCGGAUAUUCUCGACCGCUGGUUCAAAAAGUUUCAGGAUAAAGCGAAAAUGGACCCUGAUUUUUUGAAUAGGUUUAAUGUAUAG